AAAUCUCGCAAAAAACCAUGAAGGUUUUGCAGCACGAUUCGCGGCAGUGUAGUAGGAUUUGUACACAUAUCUCGUUUUUAUCACUGAGUUUAUCGUUUGAUUAGGUAAUUAAAAUUCUGCAGCUCGCAGUAAAAUUGAGGAGGGUAGGGUUUUAGAGAUGCACAAUGUCCACAAUCCAUGAAAAUAUGUUAUUUUAACUGUACCUCACGGAUGCCAGGUGAAGCCAGUUGUAUUCCAGUCGCUGAAGUGAUGAAUACAAUGACAGCAGAGGACUACAAAGAAUCUUACUGGCCAAGGCUGGAAAAAGCAGUUGAACAGCUGCUGACUCAAAGCCCUGUGAAAUACAGUUGUAUCUCCUAUGAACAGAUUUACAGUCAUGUUUAUAAGUGUGUGUGUCAGCAAUACUCCGAACAGCUCUACAGGGACCUGAUAUGGAAGAUAACAUCUCAUUUACAGCAAGUGUGCCAAGAGUUGCAUGAAAGCCGACCCGGAAACUUUGUUGAAAACUUCAAUAUUGCUUUCACUCAAUACAUGUCUGCAAUGCAGUGCAUCAUUCCUGCGUUCAUUUAUAUGAACAAGUGCUACAUUGAAACUAAGCUGAACAGAAACUUGAAGGAUGACCUUAUGGACCUUUUCUCAGCUCAUGUUGCAGAGAAACAUAUUAAUACGUUAAUAUGUCUACUUAAGAAAGCUGAUGCAAUGCCAUUUCAAGUUAAACCAUCAACCAUGGCAAGUGUGGUAAAGGGCCUUUAUGAUCUGCAGCCAGACUGGGCUCAGCUAGCCCCUGCACUGUUUUCUAGAUUUAUUCCCCAGAUUCACCCUCCUGUUUUAGAGUCUGAUCUGCUGCAUUAUGCAGCUCAAGACCGGACAUUGCAAAUGGAGCUUGCAAUAAAUGGCUUUUCCAGGUGUGACCCCUCACGAAAAAGAGCAAGUGAAGAAUCCUGAAAAUCCUGUUGGAAAACAUAAAAGGCAAUGAAGAAAGCAUCCGUAUUUUAGAUUACUUUUUCAUAAGGACAAGGCUAUGCAUAAACUGGAAAUUGACAUUAUAUAUGUCAAUUAUUUCCAGUCUAAUAUAUAUAUAUAUUUGUUUAUGAUUGCUAGUAUUUUCUGUGGCGAUGUGAUGCUGUCCAAUCUUACACACAAAUUUGCUUGUUUUCAACUUGCCUAAAUUCUCACACACCACUCCACACACACUGUGCUCUCUCCACUGGCAUCUGGCAAUAUACUCACAUAAGAUUAAUAUACUGUAUACAGUUAGGCCCAGAAUUAUUUGGACAGUGACACAAUCUUUGUGAUUUGGGCUAUGCAUGCCACCACAUUAUAUUUGAAAUGAAAAAACUGAGAUGCAAUUGAAUAGCAGACUUUCAGGUUUAAUCAGAGUAGCUGAACAAAAAUAUAAUCUGAAACAUUUAGGAAUUGCAACCAAUUUAAUGAGUUACCUCAUUUCUUGGGCUCAAAUGUAAUUGGAACAAAUUACCGUAAAUAAAAUGUUCAUACUUUGUUGAGAAUCAUUUGGAGCUAGUUUUUUUCCUGAAGUCUUGGACAUCACCAAACUCUGUGUCCUUUGUGAUGCUUCGCCAGGACUUUAAUACAGCUGUCUUCAGUUGUUGCUUGCUUGUGGGGCUUUCGGCCUUAAGCAAACGAAAUGCAUGCUCGAUUGGGUUGAGAUCUGGUGAUUGACUUGGCCAUUGUAGAAUAUUCCACUUCUUUGGCUUUAAAAACUUCUGGGUUAAUUUUGCAGUAUGUUUUGGAUCAUUGGAAGCCAUGCAUUCCCAUAUCGUCACACUGCUAGAAUGCUGUUCUAGUACUGGACCGGCUUCUUUAGAUGUUUUUCGUCAACGUCUAAUCUGGCUUUUCUAUUUUUGAGGCUGAUUAAUGGUUUGCACCUUGUAGUGAACCCUAUGUAUUUUCACAUUCAAUUUAUUUGUAUAGCGCUAAAACAGUACUCAAUUGUCUCAAAGCAGCUUUACAGAAGUAUAGAAGAGAAGAGAGAAAAGAAAAAUAAUGAAAUAUAUAUAAGUAGAAGAAGAAAAUAAAUAAAUAAAUAAAUAAAUGAAUACACACAAAGUUUAAAAUGAAUUUAAAAUUAUUUAAUUAAAAAUUUUAAAUACUAUAUAUCUAUCACUAUCCCUAAUGAGUAAGCCGGUGGUGAUGGUGGCAAGGAAAAACUCCUUGAUAUAAUAUGAGGAAGAAACCUUAAGAGCAACCAGGUUAAAAAGGGAAGCCAACCUAAUUUACGUGACUCUGGACAGUAAAUAAUGUAAAACUUUCUACAACAGUUUAUAAUAGUGUAACCGAGAGCUCCCAUGGACCUAAUGGAUCAGCGCAAACUCUGAGGUCAGCACAGACAUAACACUAAUUUCUUCCUGUCAAAGUCUUCACAUGAUUGCUGAUAAAGACCAGACCAUACAGCCGACACAACUUUGGUUCAAAGCAGGCAUGACAUUCUCCAGGUGGCUCCAUCUACAACAAUCCCAUGAAUCACUGGCUGACCAUGCAGAUCAAUCCCUGGCAGGGUGACCACCAGGCGACGAGACUCACACCAGUGGUUGAACAUCAGGAUUGAUGAAGUAGCUCCGUAAGAGGAGAGAGAGAGAGAGAAGAAAAUUGUUAGGUAUGAUUGUAAUCAGAUGAUGGACAAUAUAAAUUAUGUGCAAAGUGCAUACAGGGACUCCGGCAAGACUAGCUAUGACAGCAUAACUAAAAGGCUAGAACCAGAAGUUGACAAAAGACAUGAUGGCUUCCUGGGAUGUAGAGCGUCCCACCACUCCACAGUCUGCAAACCUGAGCGACUUGCGAGGGUGGUAAGCCGACAGCAUUCAGACAUCCCAGUUCACCAAACACUCUAUGCCCAUGAACCCUCCAGAUCUGCUCUUUUGCCUAAGACACUGAGUUCUGAACAAUAAUUGGAUAUCAGUUCUAUAACUGUGGGGCUCUGUAGGAAAAAGUUCUGCUCCCUGCAGUAGCCUACCAAAUAGCCUGCACCUUUUGAUCGAAGUAGGCAUGACAGAUCAUAAAAAAACAAAAGAUUACUCAGAUCCUGUGGUGUGAGACCAUUAAGUGCUUUAUAGGUUAGCAAUAGUAUUUUAUAAUCAAUGCAAAACUUGACUGGGAGCCAAUGCAAUGAGGAUAAGAUAGAGGUGUUCAUAUUUUCUAUUUCUAGUUAGUACUCUAGCUGCUGCGUUCUGGACUAACUGGAGCUUAUUAAUUCUCCUACUGGAACAUCCAGACAGUAAAGCAUUACAACCUAGAGGUAAUAAAUGCAUUAACUAGUGUUUCUUCAUCUUGUAAUGACAUCGUAUUUCUUAUCGUAGCAAUAUUUCUCAGAUGAAAAAAGGUCCCCUUGAUAUAUUAUUUAUGUAAGCUUCAAAUGAGAGACUGGUGUCAAUAAUCACACCAAGGUGUUUGACUGCAUAUGAUGAAAUUGAAAGACCAUCCAGUGUUACUCUGUGAUUAGAAAGCUUACUUCUGGCUGCCCAUGGUCCAAGUAAAAGCACUUGUGUCUUGUCUGAGUUAAGCAGAAGGAAGUUAGUAAGCAUCCAUUGUCUGAUGUCCUUCACACAAUCUUCUUAUUAAGCUGGUGACUCACAUGAGAGCAAAUUGUUUUCAGGGGCACCACCUGGACAUCCAGCAUUUCAGCACCCUUAAUCUGCUCUAAGCUACAUUGCCAUGCAGUAUUUGCUUUCAUGAAGUCUUCUCUUUAUGGUAGACUUACAUCUACUUCGGGCAGAGUGUUCGUCACUUUGGUGGAUGUUGUGAAUGGGUUUUUCAUCACCAUGGAAAGGAUCCUGCGAUCAUCCACCACUGUUGUCUUCCAUGGAUGUCCAGGCCUUUUUAAGUUCCUGAGCUAACCAGUGCAUUCUUUUUUCUCAGAAUGUACCAAACUGUUGAUUUGGCCACUCCUAACAUUUCUACUAACUCUCGGAAAGAUUUCGUUUUUCAUCCUAAUGAUGGUCUGAUUCACUUCCAUUGAUAGUUACUUUGAUGGCAUGUUGGGAUUCACAGCAACAGCUUCCAAACUGCCACACCUGGAAUCAAUUCCAGACCUUUUACCUGCUCAACUGAUGAUGGAUUAACGAGGGAAUAGCCUAUACAGCCCAUGAAAUAGCUUUUGAGGCAAUUGUUCAAUUACUUUUGGUCCCUUAAUAACGAGGCAGCUGCAUAUUAAGGCGCUGUAAUUCCUAAACCCUUCUUCAAAUUUUAAUGUGAAUUUAAAAUUGGAACCCCCAAAUUACAGCAGAGCAUCUGUUUUAAUUAUUAAUUAAAAAAACAAAUGAAUUUGAUAACCGCUUAAAGUCACAUUGAGAAUUAGAGCAGUCAAUUUAUAUUAUAAAAUACAACACAAACAACUAGACCUGAAACAAAACUAAAAUCAAAACCACAAACUAGGUGUUUUACAAGGCAAAAAAAGCUAAGCUAUGGAUGACACAAAAAAACAUGACAGAGCAACUAAAGCACACAAUGAAACACAGAAACGCCAAAUUAGUUAAGAAAUUAAAUGAUCUGUAAGUAUCUGUGUAAUGUGUUUUUGCAAUACUUUAUAAGUGUAGCUGGUGGCAGAACAUAGACACUGAGGAGCGGUGUAUGUCAAAGAGAUGGCUGUUUUAUUUGGCAUUUAGUAGAGAGAAGACAGGUGCAAUGGGCCGAAGAAAGCUGCGAUUCUAGCAAUCUAGUAAUGUGUCAGGCAGUUCCAGUGGGAAGUAUUAAUACGCAUCACGCUGCAACAUGUUGUAUGCUGUUAAAUCAUCAAACAUGCUCACUACACUUUUGUAAUGUUCUACAUGUAAUGCUAAUGAGAAAUGUACUAUUACCAGAGUUAUUUAAAUAAUUGUUUUAAUUUUUUUUUUCAUGUGGGCUUACAUCGUAGUGUUACAUGACAGUGUUAGAGUUAAAUUUAUUUUUAAAUUGAAUAUGGAAUUGUUUAUACAUAUGAUCAGGAAAAUAGUUUAUUUGAGCUAGAAAUGUUUUUAUUGAAAAAAAGUUUAUAGAUAAAGAAAUAUGUUUUAUCUAAUUUUAACAAUUUAUUGUCUAACGAUCACACCACAUAUGACUGAAUCAUGAAACAAUUAUAAAAUAAAAUUAUAGUCAAAAAUG